UAGUACGACACCGGCCGUAUGUGGCAAUAAUAAGGUCAAGUUCUCCGUAUAUAUGCACAAGACCAACGCUCAUAAGUCGUGACCUACCCAUCGUCCUGCACUCCCCUACUUCUGCGAUGGGCAACACCAACAGCGGACUUUUCCUCCAUGGCGAGUGCCAAUCCGAGACGUCGUCGACGUGCUCCACUGAGAGCGUCAUGUCGGCGCACAAUUUCGUGGUGCGUGAUUACCCGCUGCUUGAGGGCAUCGCCGGCGGGAAGUCUGUCAGCUCGAGCACGUUCAAUGUCGGCGGCUACGCAUGGACGAUCCGGUUUUACCCCGAUGGGCAGCAGAAAGACAAAUCUAGCGAGGCCUCCUGUUAUCUGUAUUGCGCCAGCCAAGCGAAUAACGUGAGGGCGCGCUUCUCCUUGGACGUGGUGGAGAAAUUAGACGGCGUACAAGUUACAACCUCCGAUUCCGACGAGCAUACAUUCUGUGCACCACACUACAGUUCGGGGUACCAGAGAUAUGUCCAGAAAUCGACACUUAGAGCUCUGUCGGACGCCAACAAUGGUCGUUUCACGAUAAGAUGCGUUCUCCAGGUCAUACAUGAAACUCGAACGGUGCGCAACAGGAGACCUGUCGAGGUGCCGCCGCCGAGCCUGCGAGAGAGCCUCGAGCACAUGCUCAAGGAUGAAGAAGGUGCAGAUGUGACAUUCAGUGUGCACGACCAGCUGUUCAGAGCCCAUAGAUGCAUGUUGGCCGCACGUUCUCUGGUUUUCAAGGCGGAACUCUUUGGACCGAUGAAGGAAAGCAAGACAGAGCACAUCAAGGUCGAUGACAUGGAGCCCCAGGUCUUUGAGGCGCUUCUCCACUUCAUGUACACGGAUGCUAUGCCAGAUGACGAUGAAGACGAAGGCAAAAUUGUAAGGUUACAACACUUGCUAGUUGCCGCAGACAGGUACGGAGUAGACAGGUUGAAGAUCCUGUGUGAAGACAAGCUCCAUGAGGGCAUCGAUGUCGAUAUGGUUGCCACCACGUUGCUUCUGGCAGAGCAGCAUCACUGCAAGGAUCUUAAGGAAGCUUGCAUUCAGUUUAUUAGUUCACCACGGGACAAACUAUCUGCUGCCAUGGCAACUGAUGGAUUCAAGCAACUCGUAGCUAGUUGUCCUUUGCUCAUGGAGGAUAUACUGAAGGGGGUGUCGUGCACCUAGAAUGUGAGGUGACUACUCACGCCGAGCAGGCAAAAUAUUAUGCAGUCAUGUACGGACCAUGUUAGAUUUUAGUCAUCUUUGUUUUACCACACUUUUU